AUGGAACUCUACACUGGUGAGCUGCUCUUUGGAACCCACGAGAACUUGGAGCACCUCGCACUGAUGGAGAAAAGCUUGGGAAGAAUGUCAAGCAAGAUUCUGUCACAGGCAACUGGCACACCAAGGGACAAGUACCUGGUGAGAGACAGAUAUGGCGAGUGGCGGCUCAAUUGGCCUGCUGGGGCGCAGUCGGCGUCUUCUGAGCGGCAUGUGCGAAACCAGGUGCCACUAGAAAAGAUGGUGGAUCCGCAACAUGCUGUCUUCGCAGAAUUUGUAGGCCGACUGCUAACCUUUGACAAGAACACUCGACCUACUGCCAAGCAGGCACUGAAUCAUCGGUUCCUGAAAGAGCGGAAUCUUCCCGAAUGA